AUGGACGGCUUUGAGGCCUUUGAGAUGGCCGCCAAAUUCUGUUACGGCGUCAAGAUUGACCUCUCCUCGUUCAAUGUGGUCACGCUCCAGUGUGCCAACGAGUUUCUCGAAAUGACAGAAGAUUACUCCGAAGACAACCUCGUUUCCAAGACCGAGAGGUUCCUUUCGCAGCACGUGCUUAAGAGCCUCAAGGACUCCGUCAAAACCCUAAAAUCUUGUGACUCCUUGAUGCCUAUGUCGGAAACGCUCAGAAUCACGCAGAUGUGUGUUGAUUAUGUGGUUUCCAGAGCUUCGUCCGUGGAUCCUGCAUUGUUCGGAUGGCCAGUUAGUGAUGCUACUUCUGGUUCUAAACAUGUCCUCUAGAAUGGAAUUGACGGUGUAGGAAGAAGAAAGGUUGGCACCGAUCACGACGAUUCUUGGUUUGAAGAUCUGUCGUUGAGAAGGAGCUUCUGGAGAUGCUGGUUUCGAAUCUUCUAAGCGCUUCCGAUAUAAUCAAAUACAUUCCAAAGAUAGAAUAUAUAUAUUUUGUUUUGGUUUUCCUAUUUUACUGAAAAACAGAUUAAAAAGAGCUUGUUUUGGUGACCUUCAUGUAGACAUCAAGG